AUGAUUGGCCAGUUCCCCAGCGAUGAGACGGCUCAUUGGACCCACUGCGAAGCUCUCCUCCCGGGUGCUGGUGGACUCAAACAUGGAAUUAACCGCAGAGGCCAAGGUUUUAAUUUCAAUCUGCAACGCCGGAGUAAGAGAUUGCAUGUCAACAUCAGUCAAACUGACAAACCUCUUCUUCUCUGGUCGCUUUAUAUUGAUGGUCUUGAGGUCCUGUGGCAACAGCGGGAACAGGUGCGCGAAGGUUGGCGCGAGAAGGAGCUGUGGUGACACCGGAGCGAAGACCACGGGCGCAUGUAUGACUUCAGCGGUGUAGUUCAUGUCUCCCAUCCAUUCGCUCAGCUUCUCUUCAAACUGCUCGAACACAGGGUUCCCCUCUAAUUCAGCAGUGACAUUGUUAGCGAGGAGGUGUAUAGAGUGGGCUACGGUGGUGAAAACAACACAAUACUGAAAGUGACUGAGGCCAAUAAUGUCUUUGAUAAUGUCAGCUGUCCUCCCCUUCAGCAGAGUGCUCACCACAAACACAGCCUUUGGUUCGUUUUCACCACCGGCUUCGAAGCUUGAAAACUCUUUUAAAUUACGAGCACCAGCCUCAAAUACACUGGUAGCUCCACCGUUCCAAUGAAGACUCUCAGCACACUUGUCGUCCAUGAAAACAACAGCUUUCUUUACCUUUGACAACACUUUGUCCCACAUCUGACCGGGGAAACACGUAAAUGCCUCAAUCGGUAACAUUUUGUAAAUGAAACUGUCGUUUAGACCGAUCGACAAAUACAAGAUUUCUAUAUAAUUGUCAGGCAGAAGCCAUUUCAAAACAACAACACAAACACAUGCGAGUCUCUUAAUAGUGAUGUGGCAUUACACGUCGCGACAGAUACACGUCAUCAUGCAUCUGCUGCGCCGGUUUCAUGUGGGAAUGUGCUGCAUUUGCUAUUUCUUACAAACUGAAAUCAGACUAAUUUGAGUUUCCUCAUAAUAGCUAUAUACUAUCCACACUACACAAAAAUACAUUUAUUUUUUGAGUAAAUUGAAAAAAAUGAGAAAAAAAUACAUAAAUAAAGUUAUACUUCAGAAACAACGCUAGCUUGUUUGACACUGGCAAAUACUGUACUACUGGGGAUAUUUUAAGAAAUUGAUACAUUGUCUCAUCUCGAGACAUACUGACCAAUGGUAGUCCUGUUUCUUCCAACGUGGAUUUACGUCGGGUGAAAGGUCCCUAUAGAAACGUGUGUGGGUAAAGUAAACUGUCACUUUUUUUUUUCCUCCAAUAAAGGUUUAUUUUACGCCUGUUACGUUAGGUUACCAAAUACCGAAAAGGUGACACGCCGUCCUAUUCCGUUAUUUUUCAAAAUCCCCGUUAUAGCUAACAGUUUGACAUUUUAAUAUCUGUUCUGUGAAAAUCUCAAGUUUGGCGAAAUAACUGUAAUUUCAUUUCAUUGCCAGUUAUUGUUUUUGAUAGAAUAACUGUUAAGUUGUGAUUCACAGAAGAAGUGACUGAAUUUGGGUAGACAUGUCCGCAGAAAUGGACAAAGCAACUGAUGCAAGCAGGGGCGAUGAAGAAGAAUGGUUAUAUGGAGGUAUGCUAGUCAAAACAGAUUUGAUGACACUAUCUAGCUCAUAAAUAGUUACAUUUUCUGAUGUCCACUGUUCUGUGUCUGGCAAACUUGAAAGUACGUGAGCUAUACAGUUCUGUUAGCUAGCAAGCUAACCACAACACCAGAAACAACACGUGCACCAGUUUACCACGUUGACAGUUGUUGGGGAUGUUUUUUUUCCUCUUGCUAAGCAGAAGGAAUGAUUGAGUUCCAGCAUUUAGAUAUUUGGAGACUGUCAUUUUGUAUGUUUUGGUUUUGAAGUGUGUGUAUGAUGCAAACAUGCUGAUGCAUCUUCUCUGUGACAGAUGAGAGUGAGGAGAAGGCAGAGGAAGAGGCACCUAAUAGGUACGUGCCUGGUGACAGGUAAAACAUCCACUGUUAAACUGUCUGUUUGUACAUAGCAGACAGUCACCUGGCUGUCUGUCCUAUUCCGUCCUCAAUUUACCACUUACCUAGAUCUCAAAUAUGUACUGAGCAUACCUGCAAACCAGACCUACACUAGACUACACUGUUAAAUUGUUCCUUUUGUAAAAUACUUAUGCCCACAUAAAUUAGGUGUGUAUAUACAGUACCAGUCAAAAGUUUGGACACACCUACUCAUUCCAGGGUUUUACUGCAUUUUUACUAUUUUCUACAUUGUGGAAUAAUAGUGAAGACAUCAAAACUAUGAAAUAACACAUGGAAUCAUGUAGUAACCAAAAAAGUGUUAAACAAAUCAAAUUAUAUUUUAUAUUUGAGAUUCUUCAAAUAACCACCGUUUGCCUUGAUGACAGUUUUGCACACUCUUGGCAUUCUCUCAACCAGCUUCACCUGGAAUGCUUUUCCAACCAUCUUGAAGGAGUUCCCACAUAUGCUGAACACUUGUUGGCUGCUUUUCCUUCACUCUGCGGUCCGACUCAUCCCAAACCAUCUCAAUUUGGUUGUGGUCGGGGGUUUGUGGAGGCCAGGUCAUCUAUUACAGCACUCCAUUACUCUCCUUCUUGGUAAAAUAGCCCUUACACAGCCUGGAGGUGUGUUGAGUCAUUGUCCUGUUGAAAAAUAAAUGAUAGUCUCACUAAGCCCAAACCAGAUGGGAUGGCGUGUUGCUGCAGAAUGCUGUGGUAGCCAUGCUCGUUAAGGGUGCCUUGAAUUCUAAAUAAAUCACAGACAGUGUCAUCAGCAAAGCACCCCCACACCAUAACACCUCCUCCUCCAUGCUUUACGGUGGGAAAUACACAUGCGGAGAUCAUCCGUUCACCCACACUGCGUCUCACAAAGACACGGCGGUUGGAACCAAAAAUCUCCAAUUUGGACUCCAGACCAAAGGACACAUUUUCACCAGUCUAAUGUCCAUUGCUCGUGUUUCUUGGCCCAAGCAAGUCUCUUCUUAUUAUUGGUGUCCUUUAGUAGUGGUUUCUUUGCAGCAAUUCGACCAUGAAGGCCUGAUUCACACAGUCUCCUCUGAACGGUUGAUGUUGAGAUGUGUCUGUUACUUGAACUCUGUGAAGCAUUUUUUGGAGCUGCAGUUUCUGAGGCUGGUAACUCUAAUGAACUUAUCCUCUGCAGCAGAGGUAACUCUGGGUCUUCCAUUCCUGUAGCGGUCCUCAUGAGAGCUAGUUUCAUCAUAGCGCUUGAUGGUUUUUGCGACUGCACUUGAAGAAACUUUCAAAGUUCUUGAAAUGUUCCGUAUUGACUGACCUUCAUGUCUUGAAGUAAUGAUGGGCACAGACACACAUUCACACAUUAUUUAUUUAUACCUGUCUUACAUACUUGUUUUGUGCCACUUACACAAAUGACACCUUUUCAGCUUUCUACACAAAUAUAGUAAUCACGCGUCUAUGUUAUGCUCUUUGAGAUGGACAACAUAUAGCCACACUAUUCACUCUUAGUCAGCUAGUACUGAUUCUGCAAAUCUGUUUUAUUACACCGGAUUCUCCAGCUUCAUCUCCCAUGUUUGCACUAAUGAUUCUUGCGUUCAAACCAUUUUGACCAUGAGUGAUCAUUUACGACAGUAAGCAGUGAACUCAUUCGAAAUAAGAUGGGCUGGCAGCUUCAUUCCCCAUUAGGACCAAUUGUGCUUUAUUAAUGAAGCGUUCAGAUUUAAUGCACUUUUCACUGCUCAAUAAUGACUGAGUGAUAUCAUAAUCGUUAUCUCUGGGUUGAGUGUGUCUGACGCCACUGUGCGUGCAAUGCCUGAAAUGUGCGGCCAGUCAAGUGGAACAUUAAGAACUAUUUGGAUGCUCGUUAAAUCCGUGGCAGGGCAGGCACUGUUUGUUUGUGAAUGGGGUAAAGUGGAUCUAAGCCAUCAUUAGAUAGGGGCUCUGAUGGUCGUUGCGUUGGGCUUUGUUAAAGCGUAUCGCCUCGGAGUAAACGCAGCAUGAUUAAUCAAUUAGGCUACAGUUACUUCACCUACGCCACAGCCCUCUGAGUCUGUGUGUUUGUGUCGCAACAUGCCUCGGGGAGCAUGUUAUCUAAAUGAUGACUUAACUAGCACAUCUAUCAGGCUCUGGUUCACUUAAAGAAAUGAUGAAGAGAGAUGACCCUUUUCAGAAUCAAACAGUCUCUCUUUGAGCUGCUCGACCAUUACGUUACAUUAGGGAUACUUCAGGCAAUAGGCUGUCAUUUUACAUGCAUCCCUUUACAAGGAAAUGUAUGUAGUGAUAUUCCUGUUUGCAAAUCUCUUAACUUUCCCUUUAUUGUCUAUUCUUCAAAUGUUACAAAAGUCUCAGUUUAAGUUGACGUUGUGGUCCUAGUGAUGUUGUGUUUUUUUCACAGUGUAAAGGCCCAGCCGACUGCUGAGGAGGUCCAUGAGAAUGGAGUAGUGAAGCAGGUACCUAUUGCUGAGUGUUAUGGAGGAGUCAACCUCUUCUGAACAUGUUUCACCUGUUGGAAUGGCAACCCAUCAUGGAAUUCCCUCAGAACCCUACUUUCUACUUGGAUUAUUCCUCUUUAACUGUGUGUGUUAUUCAUGUAAGCAUGCUUUUAUGAAUGUAUGUUGUCUUUGUGUUUCUGUAAUGUCAGGAUACAGGCCAGGAAGAUGAAGAAAGUGACAGCGACAGUGAGGAUGAUGAUGACGUGUGUGUAACCAUUGGCGAUAUAAAGACCGGAGGCUCGUCUCAGCCUUUCAGGUGAGUAUCUAGAUAACAGCGAGGUGUUAACCUCUUAGAUGUGAGGUCCCCUUUUUAUACCUGCGUGGUUCUGGUAUCGUUUCCGACCUACAUUUUUGCUUAUAAAUCGAUCUGUGGAUACUGUAGAUCGAAAUGGCUUGCAUUGUGCGAUAGCCCUGUUUCCCACAGACACAGUAGUAUUACUAAGCCUGUAUGACGUAGGAUGUGAAAUCUGAAACCACUUGAAGCUGGGAUGUCCCUCCUACCAUUUUAAUUUGCUCUUCCGACUGUCCAUCAACACCUGGCUGAAUCCUAUAUCACAGCCACGGACAAAGCACAUGCCUGCAAUCAUUACAUCAUAGCGCAGCAGGAGAGAGUGGUUUCAUCACGGUAGCACAUUCAGAGAUGGACUUAUAGCCAUUAAUCCAAAAUAAUUACUAGAUUUUAAACAAGCACUUUCUGUUUGUCAUAGAUGGACAAGAUUAAUAUGAGAUGAAAGGCGAGUUCAGGAAGCCAAGCUAGAGCUCUGUGAGACGUUCACAGCGAUGUGGGCAGACGUUUUGAUCAAGAGAGACCUUUAGAAAAUAUGCAAAUGUUCUCUAACACUAAACAAAUAUGUAUUUUACAGUUAUAAGGAAGGUGUAAUUUUAUAAUUUGAUUAUGCUAUGUUUAGAAAGCGUAUAAGUCAUUUCAAGCCUUAUUCAUACAGUUUUGUUGAAUAGGAAAUACAUCAUAAAAUAUUUCAUAUUUUCAUCAUAUUUGUACUGUGUACUUGAGCUUGUGUCCUCAAUAGUGACUACACCUCAACAAUUUAUGACUAUUUUUACCAGAAAGGUGAGAUUUUAACCUUUCUUUGAGUAUGCAGCAUUACUAGUUAUUGUUUAGGGCCCUCUCAUGAUAAAUAAUUACUUUUGGGGAUUACGUAGAUUACAUUUUCGAUUACAUUAGUUAUAUUUAACUGGUUUUAAAUAUAGCAGUGUGUUACUGUCCUGCAAUCUGGAUUAGUUUUGAUGCUCCAAUUUGAGUUGAGAAGAGCAUAAUAUAUUAGACCCUGUACAUUUUAGGUGGAAAACCCUUUUGUAGAGAGCUUUCUUUCACCUGGCUGUCGGUGCAACUGACAUCAAUUGCUGUUGCCUCUCCUUUGUCAGAUAAUUUUAUGAGUCAUGAUUAUGGUUCCAUGUUACAGUAUGCAUCUUUGGCAGCAUUAUUUCUCACCACCCAUGUCACUUUCAGGGGUCUUCAAAGCACAUUCCCCCGCAUGAGUCAUGGGCAGCAUUUACACAGGCAGCCCAAUUCUGAUCUUUUUUUUCAAUAAUUGGUCUUUUGACCAAUCAGAUCAGCUCUGAGAAAGAGCUGUGAAAACAUCAGAUGUGAUUGGUCAAAAGACCAAUUAGUCUAAAAAAUAUCAGAAUUGGGCUGCCUGUGUAAACGCAGCAUGUCUCUCAGUGUGUGUACCCUUCUUGUGGUGGUGAUGAUUUUUGCGUGUGUGUGUGUGUUUGUUUUUCUUUAAUUGUGUAGUGCCUUUGGAGCCACGCCAGUUAAUCUCAACAUUAAGGCCGCAGGGAGAACACAUGCGUCAGGUAAUCACCCCUCACCUAUUCCAGACUUCUGACCUUAGAAGUGAGUGUACAAAACAUUAAGACCACCAGCUCUUUCCAUAACAUAGAUUGAGCAGGUGAAUGCUAUGAUCCCUUAUUGUUAAAUCCACUUCAAUCAGUGUAGAUGAAGGGAAGGAGACAGGUUAAAUAAGGAUUUUUAAGCCUUGAGACAAUUUUAAGCCUAGAGACAACAUGUGUGCUAUUCAGAUGGUGAAUGGGCAAGACAAAAUAUUUGCCACGCGCACCGGUUUGAGUGUGUCAUGAACUGCAACGCUGCUGGGUUUUUCACGCUCAACAGUUUCCCGUGUGUAUCAAGAAUGGUCCACCACCCAAAGGACAUCCAGCCAACUUGACAGAACUGUGGAAAGCGUUAGAGUCAACAUGGGCCAGCAUCCCUGUGGAACGCUUUCGACACCUUGUAGAGUCUAUGCCCUGAAGAAUUGAGGCUGUUCUGAGGGCUAAAGGGGGUGGGGGUGCAACUCAAUAUUAGGAAGGUGUUCCAAAUGUUUUGUACACUCAGUGUAUGUGUCAGUGCAUGCAUUGGAACUCAUCCAGACCCACAUUAAUGGUAGUGGUAAGAGUGUGAAGUGAAUGUGACACUGACUGUGUCCUGUCAUCUCCGGUGCAGUUGGCCCCAAAGCCAAAGGAGUGGACCUGGAUGCACUGGGCAGUGUUAACGGAAUCCCUGUGUUGGAGGUCGACAUGGAGUCUUUUGAAGAAAAGCCUUGGAGAAAGCCUGGUAAGUGGUGUGUGUGUUGGUUGGUGUGAGGUUAUGUCUUUGUGCGUGUUCUGUGCAGAUGUGAGCUCAGGUCUGGCUGAUGAGUGGUCGUGAAGCGGUCUGUUCAGCUUUCAGUUAUGUUUAUGUUUAGGCUCGGACCUCUCUGACUACUUUAACUAUGGCUUUAACGAGGACACCUGGAAGACCUACUGUGAGAAACAGAGGAGACUACGCAUGGGGUAUGAGGGCAUGAACCACGCUUCAGCCACUAAAAUCAUGGUAAGAUAUCAUUAUUUUUGGACAUACAGUGCCUUCAGAAAGUAUUCACACCCCUUGACCUUUUCCACAUUUUGUUGUGUUACAGCCUGAAUUUAAAAUGGACACACAAUCUACACACAAUACCCCAUAAUGUCAAAGUGGAAUUAGGUUUUUAGAAAUGUUUACAAAAUUAAUAAAAAAUGAAAAGCUGAAAUGUGUUGAGUCAAGUAUUCAACCCUUUUUUGUAAUGGCAAGCCUAAAUAAGUUAAGGAGUGAAAAUGUGCUUAACAAAUCAAAUCAAAUCAAAUUGUAUUUGCCACAUGUGCCGAAUACAACAGGUGUAGACAUUACCGUGAAAUGCUUACUUACAGCCCUUAACCAACAAUGCAUUUAUUUUUUAAUAAAAAAGUAAAAUAAAACAACAACAACAAAAAGUGUUGAGAAAAAAAGAGCAGAAGUAAAAUAAAAUAACAGUAGGGAGGCUAUAUACAGAGGGGUACCGGUGCAGAGUCAAUGUGCGGGGGCACCGGCUAGUUGAGGUAGUUGAGGUAAUAUGUACAUGUAGGUAGAGUUAAAGUGACUAUGCAUAAAUAAUUAACAGAGUAGCAGCAGCGUAAAAAGAUUGGGUGGGGGGGCAGUGCAAAUAGUCUGGGUAGCCAUGAUUAGCUGUUCAGGAGUCUUAUGGCUUGGGGGUAGAAGCUGUUGAGAAGCCUUUUGGACCUAGACUUGGCGCUCCGGUACCCCUUGCCGUGCGGUAGCAGAGAGAACAGUCUAUGACUAGGGUGGCUGGAGUCUUUGACAAUUUUGAGGGCCUUCCUCUGACACCGCCUGGUAUAGAGGUCCUGGAUGGCAGGAAGCUUGGCUCCAGUGAGGUACUGGGCCGUACGCACUACCCUCUGUAGUGCCUUGCGGUCGGAGGCCGAGCAGUUGCCAUACCAGGCGGUGAUGCAACCAGUCAGGAUGCUCUCGAUGGUGCAGCUGUAAAACUUUUUGAGGAUCUGAGGACCCAUGCCAAACCUUUUCAGUCUCCUGAGGGGGAAUAGGCUUUGUCGUGCCCUCUUCACGACUGUCUUGGUGUGUUUGGACCAUAAUAAUAUAAAUAAUAAUAUGCCACUUAGCAGACGCUUUUAUCCAAAGCGACUUAGUCAUGCGUGCAUACAUUUUUGUGUAUGGGUGGUCCCGGGGAUCGAACCCACUACCCUGGCGUUACAAGCGCCGUGCUCUACCAGCUGAGCUACAGAGGACCACAUGAUAGUUUGUUGGUGAUUUGGACACCAAGGAGCUUGAAGCUCUCAACCUGUUCCACUACAGCCCCGUCGAUGAGAAUGGGGGCGUGCUCAGUCCUCUUUUUUUUCCUGUAGCCCACAAUCAUCUCCUUUGUCUUGGUCACGUUGAGGGAGAGGUUGUUAUCCUGGCACCACACGGCCAGGUCUCUGACCUCCUCCCUAUAGGCUGUCUCAUCGUUGUCGGUGAUCAGGCCUACCACUGUUGUGUCGUCGGCAAACUUAAUGAUGGUGUUGGAGUCGUGCCUGGCCAUGCAGUCAUGGGUGAACAGGGAGUACAGGAGGGGACUGAGCACACACCCCUGAGGGGCCCCCGUGUUGAGGAUCAGCGUGGCAGAUGUGUUCUUACCUACCCUUACCACCUGGCGGCGGCCUGUCAGGAAGUCCAGGAUCCAGUUGCAAAGGGAGGUGUUUAGUCCCAGGAUCCUUAGCUUAGUGAUGAGCUUUGAGGGCACUAUGGUGUUGAACGCUGAGCUGUAGUCAAUGAAUAGCAUUCUCACGUAGGUGUUCCUCUUGUCCAGGUGGGAAAGGGCAGUGUGGAGUGCAAUAGAGAUUGCAUCAUCUGUGGAUCUGUUGGGGCGGUAUGCAAAUUAAAGUGGGUCUAGGGUUUCUGGGAUAAUGGUGUUGAUGUGAGCCAUGACCAGCCUUUCAAAGCACUUCAUGGCUACAGACGUGAGUGCUACGGGUCGGUAGUCAUUUAGGCAGGUUAUCUUAGUGUCCUUGGGCACGGAGACUAUGGUGGUCUGCUUGAAACAUGUUGGUAUUACAGACUCAGUCAGGGACAUGUUGAAAAUGUCAGUGAAGACACUUGCCAGUUGGUCAGCACAUGCUCGGAGUACACGUCCUGGUAAUCCAUCUGAUCCUGCGGCCUUGUGAAUGUUGACCUGCUUAAAAGUCUUACUCACAUCGGCUACGGAGAGCGUGAUCACAUAGUCAUCCCGAACAGCUGGUGCUCUCAUGCAUGCUUCAGUGUUGCUUGCCUCGAAGCGAGCAUAGAAGUGGUUUAGCUCGUCUGGUAGGCUUGUGUCACUGGGCAGCUCGCGGCUGUGCUUCCCUUUGUAGUCUGUAAUAGUUUUCAAGCCCUGCCACAUCCGACGAGCGUCAGAGCCGGUGUAGUACGAUUCAAUCUUAGUCCUGUAUUGACUCUUUGCCUGUUUGAUGGUUCGUCGGAGGGCAUAGCGGGAUUUCAUAUAAGCAUCCGGGUUAGAGUCCCGCUCCUUGAAAGCGACAGCUCUACCCUUUAGCUCAGUGAGGAUGUUGCCUGUAAUCCAUGGCUUCUGGUUGGGGUAUGUACGUACGGUCACUGUGGGGAUGACGUCAUCGAUGCACUUAUUGAUGAAGCCAGGGACUGAUGUGGUGUACUCCUCAAUGCUAUCUGAAGAAUCCCGGAACAUGUUCCAGUCUGUGCUAGCAAAACAGUCCUGUAGCUUAGCAUCUGCGUCAUCUGACCACUUUUUUAUUAACCGAGUCACUGGUGCUUCCUGCUUUAGUUUUUGCUUAUAAGCAGGAAUCAGGAGGAUAGAGUUAUGGUCAGAUUUGCCAAAUGGAGGGCGAGGGAGAGCUAAUAAUAAGUUGCAUGGACUCCCUUUGUGUUCAAUAAUAGUGUCGAACAUGAUUUUGAAAUGACUAGCCCAUCUCUGUACCCCACACAUUCAAUUAUAUGUAAGGUCCCUCAGUCAAGCAGUGAAUUUCAAGCACAGAUUCAACCACAAAGACCAGGGAGGUUUUCCAAUGGUUUGCAAUGAAGGGCACCUAUUGUUAGAUGGGUAAAAAAAAAAGCAGACAUUGAAUUUUCCUUUGAGCAUGGUGCAGUUAUUAAUUACACUUUGGAUGGUGUAUCAAUACACUCAGUUGCCGGAGAGGAAGGAAACUGCUAAGGGAGGCCAAUGGUGAUUUUAAAACAGUUACUGAGUUUAAUGGCUGUGAUAGGAGUCUGAGGAUGGAUCAACAACAUUGUAGUUACUCCACAAUACUAACAUAAAUGACAGAGUGAAAAGAAGGAAGCCUGUAAAGAUUAUUUUUUUUAAAGGCCAAAACAUGCAUCCUGUUUGCAAAGUAAUACUGCAAAAAAAUUGGCAAAUUAACUUUUUGUCCUGAAUACAAAGCAUUAUGUUUGGGGCAAAUCCAACAUGUCACUAAGUAUCACUCUUCAUAUUUUCAAGCAUGGUGGUGGCUGCAUCAUGUUAUGGGUAUGCUUGUCAUCGGCAAGGACUAGGACGUUUUUUGUGGGGGAAUGAAAAGAAACCGAAUAGAACGAAGCACAGGCAAAAUCCUAGAGGAAAACUUGGUUCAGUAGCUUUCCAACAGACACUGGGAGAAAAAAUCAACUUUCAGCAGGUCAUUUACCUUAAAUACAAGGCCGAAUAUACACUGGAAUUACUUACCAAAACGACAUUGAAUGUUCCUGAGUAGCCUAGUUACAGUUUUUACUUAAAUUGGCUUGAAAAUCUAUGGCAAGACAUGAAAAUGGCUGUCUAGCAAUGACCAACUUAUUUUAAAUAAUGCGCAAAUAUUAUAUAAUUCAGGUGUGGUAAGCUCUUAGAGACGUACCUAGAAAGACUCACAGCUGUAAUCGCUGCCAAAGGUGAUUUUAACAUGUAUUGACUCAGGGGGUUGAAUACUUAUAUAAUUAAGAUAUAUUAGUGUUUUUCUUUUCUAUUAAUAAAAUAAAUAAACUAUUGAAUCAAUUUACCGUAUUUUCCGCACUAUAAGGCGCACCGACGUAUAAGCCGCAGCAGCUAAAUUGAAUGAUAUUGAAUGAUGUGUACAUAUAUAAGCCGCAUUGGACUAUAAGCCGCAGGUGUUUUAAUGUUUAAUUACCAUAUGUAAGGGUUCGUGCACAGAGGGGAUUGUCGGGAAAGAGACAAACUGUCUCGCUCUCGUAAUGUCUGUCUGUCUUGCUCUCGUUCUGUCUCUCGUUCUGUCUCUCGUACCACUCUCGGUUCCACUUUUACUUUUGCGCGCUAUCUGUCUCACUCUUUUCCGGCCUCCAGCUUUUCCUGCUGGAGCCCGCCGCUUAAAGGUGAGGGGCGCGGACCGGUCAUAGAGCCCAUAGAGUUAAAGUUGGUGGACUGUAACCUGUAAAAUCCAUAGAUUUAGGAGGUCUUCUAGUGGCCGUUAGCUGUAAAAAUCCAUAGAUUAGCCGCACAGUUAUAUAAGCCGCAGGGUCGAAAAAUGGGGAAAAAGGCGCGGCUUAUAGUCCGAAAAUUACGGUAAUCCCAGUUUGUAACACAGCAAAAUGUGGAAAAAGUCAAGGGGUGUGAAUACUUUCCAAAGGAACUGUAGAUACAAUAUUAUAGAUUAUCACAGUACAAGUGCAAGAAUUGUUCCCAUUUUAAGAAACAUUCUCAGGCUUUGACAUUGUUGAGGCUGUGUGAGUGAGUUGCUCUUCCUCUUAGGUCCACCAGGAACGUUCAGCCCAUGGAGAUAGGGAUGGGGCCCUUUCCUGCUUUAGGUCUGACUACUCCUCCCCCAGCAACCACUACAAUUCAGGCUCCUCCAGGUAGGUACCCUGGUUUCCCCCCCACACCCCUUUCUGCCACUGUAUGUAUCACAGCAGCUGUGGCAUGAAGGACCAGACUACACAUGUCUGUGGUAACCACUACCAGCCUAGCUGGUCAUCACUGCCACACUUCACUGGUCACUGCCACCUGGACACCAUCAAGGUGGUCAAUGGGUCAAGUUUGUAUUGGUCAGUAGUACCUGUGUCUGAGGUAAUGUUCUUACCAAACACAGUAUUACAUCCUGAAAUGUUAGAAGUCAUGGAAGGUAUGUUAAGUCAAGGUAGAGGUGCUGCGAGCGUUGCAUAGUUAAACUGCUUUUUUCCCUCUCUAAUGAAGUCCUCAUGUGCACCACCUCCCGUCACGUUCCUAUUAACGGCCACCUGUGAAGCGUUGUUUAGCGUUGGGGCAGGCCGAGCCCUGCGGGGAGCUGCUUUUUUUACUGUGUGAAGAGUGAGGCCAUGCAAUUUUACUGCUCAAUUACAGCGGCCAAUCAUUUACGGGCUUGGGCCCGUAGUAGCAGGCGUCAGCAGACUGUUAGUAAACACUCCUCCUCUCCUUUCAGCCCCAUGGCCUCAUUCUGGUUCCACUCAGGGACCAGGUGCUCUACGCCUCAAGGAAGAGUGAUGGACUAUUACAAACACACACCCACUCCUCCUCUCUCUCUCUCUCUCUCUCUCUCUCACUCUCACUCUAGCCCUCCUCUCUCACUCUAGCUCUCUCUCACACACUCUCUCUCACUCUAGCUCUCUCUCACUCACUCUAGCUCUCUCUCACACACUCUCUCACUCUAGCUCUGGCUCUCUCCCUCUCCCCUCAGCUACCCUCUCGCUCCCUCCAAUCCUUGCUCUUGUGAGUUCAGCAGGGCUCAUGUCAGGUUGGUCCACACGACAGACGAGGUGACUAAGACGAGCCACUUAAUUAAAGGUCUGUCUCUAUAUAAUGCCCCCUCCUCCUCCUCUCUCCCUCAGCAAGGUUCCCCUCAGUGGAGGUCAUAUGAUUCUGAGCGUUAUUCAGCCAGAGGGAAAGCAGGAAGUCAGAGCAUGACAAACACAAAUACACACAGCAUUGUGCAGCGGAUAAAGUGUUAAACGAGGUCUCACACUACACUACAGACCAUCUCUCCCAGAAGGGUGAAAGUGGAAACUUGAUGCUUGGUUGAAGGAGCACGUAUUGUAUUCUUUCCACAUUCUCUAGAUGACUGUGUCCAGCCUGAGGGAGGGUGUUGGUGGGAUGAGGUUAUUGUAGGCCUUUCUUGUUACAUAAAACUGUCAUUUUAAUUACAUGUCUUUUUGGGAAAGUAGGUGAAGUCGUGAUGUGUGUGUCAGCUUCCGUGGCUAAGCUGCUUUGUUUUUUAUUUAUUUGAUAUUCUGGUGUUUUUAGAGGCCAGAGUGAGGGACAGCGAGAAGGGGCAUUAGUGAGCCUGUAGCUCAUAGCAUCACAUCGGGCUGCUGGUUGAUGCAGUUUUUAUGCUUUCCCCUUGUAAUGUUUACUCUAGAUGAAGUCCUAGUGACAGAAAGGGGUUAGUGUCCCAUCUGUGUUUGGGGAGGGAGGCAUGAGGUGGUGUUUUGGCGAAGUGUUGUUAGCAGAGUGCAGUGAGAGGAUGACCCAGAUAAGGAGGGUCAUGCAUUAAUGGACCUGGGUGAUGGGGGGCGGGGUCACAGGCAUUAUAUAAGUCUUCUACAUCUGUAGUUUAUGGGAUUUGAAGGCAAAAGGCCAUACCCAGGUCACAUCCUGAAAUAAACAUGACAAAAACAAGAUAAAUAUGCAUACUUGUUAUACAUGCUCCAUGCACAGAUACCAAUUGUAUGUGUUUUGUAUGUUUACUCUGUGUUCUGCGCUGGUCAGUAGAAAGCCAAGCAGCACCAUUGAUGUUAUUGGGGGACAAACUGGUACCAUCAGCCGGGUAGAGGGACGAAGACGUCACAAUAUAGAAGGAAAUAACAUCCAGGU